GUGGACUUAAUCUCAACUUUGGACAAGGAGGAACCAUCAAAAUUAGGUGCUAUUGCACUGGUCACUUCACACGUAAGUCAAGCAGUCAUAGAAUCCACCUCAUCAAAAGAAACUAACAAUGGUAUAGAAGAGCAGGCUGCUACAAAGGCACAGGCAGCCUUCCAUGGUUAUCUGGCAUGCAGGGCCUUUCGUGCCCUGAAAGGUAUUAUCAGGUUGCAGGCGCUAAUUCAUGGGCAUCUGGUUAGAAGACAAGCUGUUGCAACUCUACAUGCUAUGGAGGGAAUUGUCAAGUUACAAGCAGUAGCCCAGGGAAGAAGUGUUAGAUGUACCUUUACUGGACUUAAAGUUGCUAAGAGUUCAGUCAAGCGAAGACUGUGGUUUCAGAAGAUUUUGUCCAAAGAAAUACAUGAUGGUGUGGAUGAUGAUACUGCAGAACUAGGCCAGCCAUCUUCUAGUCCAAGUGAAACAUCACAGAACAAUUUAAAGUCAAAGGUGCUAUUUAUCAGCAGUCACCCGUGGGGGAGCAUAGGAGCAGCAUUACGAGGCAGCGCACACAAGCAAUUAGGAGGAGGAGAGCCUUCAGAGGCCAUGUGAGACGGUGGUGCAGGUGGCGCCAACGCAAGCAGAAAGGCCGGCGGUGGAGCUCUUUGUUGCUGCUGCUGCUGCCUUCGGGUGGUAAUUAAGAUGGAUACGGCUUUGUCGGCACGAAGAGAACUUUCACAGGCGGACGAUCUGAGGGAUCGUUCGAACGAGGAGAGUAGUUGAAAUGUCAAGGCGAGGCAGUUUGGUGAUGGCAACGGUCGAGCGGCUCAGCCCCGUCCCAUUCAAUUGGCUAAUGCUCUGUCGCCGCCUGCUUUGUUCUUAAGUGCACCACGCUAGUGGAAGAAUGAGAAACUUGGCUUUCUUCUGCUGUGGUAGUAGGAGCAGUAGUUGGUGUCUGGAUUAUGUUUUGCUUACUACAUCUGUUACGGUGAGGAUGCCACCUCCUUUCUUUA